GUUAUUUUUCUGUGGCGUUCAACACUACAAACAAUUGCACAAAAUGUCUGAUAAACAGCUUAUUAAAAGCAAAAGUGGGCUUCGUAUGGUGUCUACGUCGGAGGCAGAUCGUUCUCCGUUCUUCCUUGAGGAACCACAUUGGGAAGACGAUGCCCUGUUCCCAAACUGUGUAAAAUGCAAUAAAAGAUUUGAUUUUACACAUCGAAGGCAUCAUUGCCGGCGCUGUGGACGUAUUUUCUGCAAUGAAUGCUGUGCACACAAAGUUAUGCUGCAAAGAAUGUGUUUUGUUGAUCCUGUCAGAGUCUGUGAACAGUGUUCUCAUAUUGUUAAAAAAGAAGAAGAGUUUUUCAAUAAACAUUUGAAAACCCUUUGUAAUGGAGCAAAGUUUGUGGUCGAUGACUCCUCACCUCUGACUUUUCUCUGUAAGCUCGAACACAAAUCACACAGAGAAAUUGAGUUUGAAUGUGAUGCAGAUGCUCAUCAUGACYCUGUGGCUCUUGUUCGUCUUGUGUCAGUUCAACUUAUUGCUGAUAAAGAAAGUGAACAUGUUACUGGCAUUGUCUUAAAGUACAAAGAAAGUGGAGGAAGUGUGAUGGAAGUCCGUCUCCAUGCUGUCCAAACACCUGAAACAGAGAAGAAACGAGCUCUUGCCUGGAUUGCUGCUAUGCAAAGGGCAAUAAGGAUGCUGUUUGAAGCCUCCAGCUAAUCAAAUGAGAUGUCAAUCAAGAGAUAGAUUACCUAAUGAUAUUAUUACAAUGCAUAAAUCRCUUUUAUCAUGAUCCACUUUUAUACCAAACAUAGUUUUAAAAAAAUAAUUUAAAAGGUGCAAUUUACAUAUGAUUCAAGGCAAAUCCACACCUUUGUGUGGUGUUGCAGAAUGUAUCUGCAUGAUUCAUUUGAACCAAUUUACUUAGUUUACUGUAAGAGCAACUAGAGAAACAUUUGGUUUUUAUAUUUCUAUUAUUAUUUUAGGAUUGUUAUGGGAUGAGUCUCAUUGAAUUUGAUGCUCUGUAGACUGAGUAUAGAGUAGGGAUCUUCUCUUCUUUCAGAACAGGCAAACACAGACUUACAAUUACAAUAAUGUCAUARUAGAACUGUGAUGGACACAUAAUUAAAGUUGUUUAUGUUACAGUUAGGUUAGUUUUGAUAAUGGUUUUAAUGCAAGCUUGGUAGAGUGCAAAUAAUACACAUGUGAAAUGGACAGCUGACACAAAAGUGCUGAACUAUGCUAAUUCCUUUGUUCUCGAUUGUUUAAUCGACAACACCAAUUAGUUUUAGAGCAAUUUACGUAUGACUGUGCAAAGACACAAAUCAUAAACAUGACAUGGUCACAGAUUGAACCUCAUCUCAGUGAUAGUGACGCCUAAACAUAAAAUACUGAUAUAAGAACACAUUAGUGCCAAGAUACAAUGAUUGCCAUAUUUUUUGCAGUCAUAUGCAAUCCACUCUAACAAUUUCACUGGGAUAUUACGUGCACUCUGUGAAUACAUACAUGUAGGUGGUUUAUAAAUACACCUCUCAGAAAAUGAUUCUUCUGUUUUUUACACGGUAUUGUAAAUACUUAUUGACAACGUAGUAUGUAGUGGUGCUUCAGUAUUUGUUAAAAGUAGGGUAAAUGGAAUUUUAUUGUUAUAAGUAAAUAAUCCACAAUGUCAAUAAAAACUAUAAAUUUGUAUCAA